UCUCGGUCUCUGGUGCUCAGUGUCAGUUGUAUGGUUAAUAGCGUGCGGAGCGGUCGUUAAAUCGCACGAGUUUUUGUCUCCCUUUUGGCUUUUUAAAGAUAUUAUCAAGUGUGUUUCCCGAAAAAGAUACACACAGACAGCGAAUAAGAACAAUACAAGCAAAGAUCUCACUUAUUUAGGUUGUUGUUUUUUUCUUUUAAUUCAUUAAAAUUCUUGGCAUUCUCAAUUAAAGAGGCUUUUUUAAUUGUAAAAUGAGCGACUCUAGCCAUAUUACACUUCAAAUGGAUAAGCUGGACAAUGAUAAAUCGCUAGCGAACAAUCAAGGUAUGCACAACGAGGCCAUUGAUGACAUCAACGGACGUAGUGUUCGCAUACCGCGAGCAGAUAAUAAUGGCAUUAAUGCUGGCGUGGAUGAUGGUCUUUUAGCUGAUGGCAGUCGUGGUGGAAGUGCUGAAAGGUCAGGCAGAGGUGAAGGCGACGCCAAAGGUCACAUGCCAAAUGGUGGACGACGCACCAGUUUCUCUUUGCCCGGAUAUAGUCCUGGUUUUGUUGACAUCGAUGGCGUAUCGACGCCCAUUCCAGACGUGAAUGCCUAUCAGCAUAAGAAGACAUUGGCACAGGGUAUGAUGGACUUGGCGCUGCUGUCGGCGAAUGCAAAUCAAUUGCGUUAUGUUCUGGAGACCAAUACGCAGCAUCCGUACUUUUAUCCCAGCUUAUUGUUCAUUUCACUCAGCAUCAUAUUUCAGAUUGCAGUCGGCGUUGGACUUAUUUGGAACGGCAGAUACAAUAUUAAGAACGAGCAGGAAAUCUGUCGUGCGAACAGAAUUAAUAAUUACACAGUCAUUGGCAUUUUUAUUGUAACCGUUGUCAAUGUAUUAUUAUCAGCAUUCGGCGUUGUGAAACGAGCCCCACAGACAACAACGUAACGUAAUGCGUUUAAUUUUUCGAAUAAAUUAUACAUUACUUAUCACAAUAACGUUUAGGAAAAUACUCACAAAUUUACACAAAAUUCACUGUUAUCAUGCUUAUGUAAUAAUUCUAUUGUGAUAAUUGAAUAAAAAGCCAUCCCCUUGCACUUUGUUAAA